UAAUUGAUUCCUUGUCCUAGCUAGUUGCUAAACAAACUCACAUGAUAUGCAAUCCAGCAUUUAAAUUUCGUUGAAUCUCUUGGUUCUUUGCAUAUCUGUAGUCACUAGAACUAGCAAAAGUUCAGGGAAGAAAACAAUGAUUAGUAUAGAAGAUUUGUACGGGGUUCUAUGUGCUGUAGUUCCUCUAUAUGUCACCAUGUUCUUGGCUUAUGCCUCUGUGAAAUGGUGGAAUAUAUUCACUCCUGAACAAUGUUCCGGCAUCAACAGGUUCGUUGCUUACUUUGCAGUUCCACUCCUAUCCAUGGAGUUUAUUUCAAGGAUAAAUCCGUACAAAAUGGACCUUCUCUUCAUGGCUGCUGAUGGGGUUUCCAAAGUCUUGAUCUUGGUGGUCUUGCUUUGCUGGGCUAAUUUCUCAAGAAGAGGAAGCCUGGAAUGGGCCAUCACUCUUUUCUCUCUAUCCACUCUCCCCAACACCCUUGUGAUGGGGAUCCCACUGCUAAAAUCCAUGUACGGGGAUGAUAAGGAAGGCCUUAUGAUCCAAGUUGUGGUGCUACAGUGCAUCAUCUGGUACACUUUAUUGUUGUUUUUGUUUGAAUACAGAGAAGCAAGACUAGCAAUGUUAAAGAACUUCAAGGGGAGUAGUAGCAGUAGUAGUUUUAGUAACAGUGAGAGGAGCAAGGGAAGUUUCAAGGGUGUUGGGGAAGUACUUGGAAGCUGUGGAAGUAAUGCAGAUGAAGUUGUUAAUGUUAUUGUUUCAACCCCUACAAGCCAAGAGAUUACUGAAAAUGUCAACACCAAGGUUGCACCGGAUCCCCAGCAGUUUAGAUCAAUGGUAGCAGCUGCAGUGGAUGGAGAUGAUAAAGAGGUCCAUUUAUUCAUUUGGCGAUGUGUAUGUUGCACUUCUCAAGGUUUCUGUGAGCAGUCAGUGCAAGUUCUUCGAAAAGAAGAAAGCAUGAAAAGGGGAGUAGAAUCUGAAAAAACGGAGGGUAUAGAGAACAAUACGGCUGCAAUAUCUUCCUUAUCAUCAGUUAUGCUCUUGCAAAUUCUGAAGACAGUGUGGCUUAAGCUGGUGAGGAAUCCCAACUCCUAUGCAAGCUUAAUAGGUCUAAGCUGGGCGUUAGUCUCUUGCAGAUAUGGAAUAAUGAAGCCCCAAAUAGUGGACAAUUCGGUAACAAUCUUGUCAAAGGCAGGUCUUGGAAUGGCAAUGUUUAGCCUUGGACUGUUCAUGGCCCUGCAACCAAGAAUCAUAGCCUGUGGAAACAGAAUGGCUAUUUAUGGGAUGCUUGCAAGGUUUUUAGCUGGUCCAGCAGUAAUGGCAGUAGCUUCCAUUGGAGUAGGCCUGAGAGGGACCAUGUUGAAACUAUCCAUUGUGCAAGCCGCCUUGCCGCAAGGAAUCGUCCCUUUUGUGUUUGCUAGAGAAUACGGUCUACAUCCAGAUGUAUUAAGCACUGCGGUGAUAUUUGGAAUGAUAGUGUCUCUGCCCAUCACAAUACUUUACUACAUUUUUCUUGGCCUCUGAUACGAGGGGGUGAAGAUUGUGGUUAGAAUCCACACAUCCUGUCAUCGUAAUCCAGCAACAGCGUUUUCAUUCAAGCAUGAUCUGCACUCUGGUUUUUCUUCAAUCAUGGUCAUCCGCAUGAAUGAGGACGAAGCUUCACUGCAAAGUCUCAGCCACAUCAGUGAAUUAAGUUUGCUAAUAUUGCUAAUAUUUAUAACCCCAUUUUACUGCGAGUUACAGAUCAUUCCGAGACAGUUUUUGUUUCUUGUAGUAAAUUAGCUAGGAUGUGUGUAGUUUCCAUGGAGAGAACAUUGAUUUGAACUUAAAAUUUCAUGUUCAAAUCUCCCAAGAAUGAAGAUGGAGAAUUUUAUCGAAUAAGAAAGGGUACUUUUAUAGUU